AUGACCGUUACAGUUGCGGAAGAGUCGAUCGAGACUCGACUGUUCAUUAAUGGCGAGUUCGUCGAAUCUGAGAAUGCAAAGACAUUCGAUCUCAUAUCCCCAAAGACCCAAGAGGUGGUAGCUAGAGUUCAUGAAGCCUCGGAACAAGACACAAACCGAGCAGUGGCAGCAGCCAAGGCCGCUCAACCAGCAUGGGCCGCCCUCAGUCCAGAUCAACGCGGAAAAUACUUCAAAACGUUAGCAACCCUCAUCCGGGAACAUGAUAAGGAAUUUGCAACUCUGGAAGCUUUAUCAAUGGGACACCCUAUCUCAUCUUAUUUCCAUGGAGCGGCCUGCGCCAAGAUUUUUGAGCACUAUUCCGAGGCUGGAUACGGUGUUCAAGGCACUUCUAGCGUGAAUACUCCAGGUUUCGUAAAUUUGACUUUCCGGCAGCCGUAUGGUGUCGUUGCCGCGAUUAUUCCCUGGAACGUUCCGUUGCUAUUUUUCGGCAAAAAACUAGCCCCAGCGCUCAUUGUUGGGAAUACGGUUAUUUUGAAGAGCAGUGAGAAGGCUCCUUUGACGUCCGCCUUAUUGGCCAAAUUGAUCCAGGAGGCGGGGUUUCCUCCAGGUGUCAUCAAUGUGAUAACUGGCUUUGGCAAUGUCUCGGGCUCCGUGCUGAGCUACCAUAUGGAUGUUCGGGCUUUAUCGUUCACCGGUUCAACCAGAACCGGAAGACUGAUUCAAGAGGCAUCAGCCAAAUCAAACCUGAAAGCAAUCUCUCUUGAGUUAGGAGGAAAGUCUCCAGCUAUCAUCUUCGAAGACGCAGACCUUGACGCCGCUGCCGCCGCCACCCAAUUCUCCAUUCAGACCACGAGCGGGCAAACUUGUAUGGCCAACUCUCGGAUAUAUGUGCAAGACACAGUUGCAGAUCGUUUCAUCGAGCUAUUCAAGACCAAGUUUGCAGCUGUUAAUAUUGGCGACCCGACUUUGCCGGAAACUAACCAUGGCCCUCUGGCGGACAAGAUGCAAUAUGACAAUGUCAUGAAGUACCUUGAAAUCGGCAAGAAAGACGGUAAGAUUAUCUUAGGAGAUGAACCUUAUUCGAGUCCGGACGGCAAAGGUUAUUUUAUUUCCCCGACAAUCUUUAUUGAAACCCCAGAAGACUCGCGAAUCAUGAAAGAGGAAGUGUUCGGGCCGGUUGUGAUUAUCAAUGUCUUCAAAACAGAGGAAGAAGCUCUGGCGAAAGCUAAUGAUACUGAAUAUGGACUCUAUGCUUCUGUAUUUACUAAGAAUAUUGAUCGGGCGUUGAAGUUCGCCAAGGGUUUGGAAGCAGGAACUGUUGGUGUGAAUUGUACUAGUCCGCUCACGGGGCAGGACACUCCUUUUGGUGGGUACAAAGGGUCCGGAAUUGGGAGGGAGGGAUUGCCUAACUAUAGUUUGGAUUUCUUUUUGGAGACUAAAUCUGUUCUUCUCAAGUUGGACUUAUGA